GGCUGGGCGCGCAGGACAGAAAAGGAGGCGGCGGCCGCGGCUGCGAGCAACAGAUCAGGGCUCCGCGAGCAGACCCACUCUGCUCUUGGGCGAUUUUUUUUUGUUUAUUUCAGAAACAUCGGUUAAAUUAGAAAAUCUUGCAUUUUGAAAUGGCGGUGGCCCCGGGUCAGCGGGCGAUUUUCUCUGCUUCAAGAUGGGCUUUGCCUUUUCUGUCGUGGGCACCAGUGGUGGCCUGAUUGUCAGUCUUCUCCGGGCAUUUUUAAGGCCAGGAGCUGAGUGCUGCCUGUAGGCGCCCUACAGAGCGGUUUGGCUUUUUAAAAUUUUUAGUAUUAUUUUGGGCAGAGAACAGUCGAUCUCUGGCAUUUCGUCCUCUUUGCAGAAGAGGCUGCGAGUCGGAGGUGGGUCACUCAGAGGGUGAAAUUCCUCCCGGGGUGAGCGAUCCCCGGCCCCGCACACAGUCCAGGCGGCUCCGAGUGUGUGUCCUGCCCCUCUGCCCGCGCCGGGAAAAUGGAGGCUGUGAUUGAGAAGGAAUGCAGCGCGCUCGGAGGCCUCUUCCAGACCAUCAUUAGCGACAUGAAGGGGAGCUAUCCAGUUUGGGAAGAUUUCAUUAAUAAAGCUGGAAAGCUGCAGUCCCAGCUUCGGACAACAGUAGUAGCAGCAGCUGCCUUCUUGGACGCCUUUCAGAAAGUGGCUGACAUGGCCACCAACACACGUGGUGGCACCAGGGAGAUCGGAUCCGCCCUGACCAGGAUGUGCAUGCGGCAUCGGAGCAUAGAAGCCAAGCUGAGGCAGUUCUCCAGUGCUUUAAUCGAUUGUCUGAUAAACCCACUUCAAGAGCAGAUGGAAGAAUGGAAGAAAGUGGCCAACCAGCUGGAUAAAGACCACGCAAAAGAAUAUAAAAAAGCUCGCCAAGAGAUAAAAAAGAAGUCCUCAGAUACACUGAAACUGCAGAAGAAAGCCAAAAAAGUGGACGCUCUCGGGCGAGGCGACAUCCAGCCCCAGCUGGACAGCGCACUCCAAGACGUCAAUGACAAGUAUCUCCUGUUGGAAGAAACAGAGAAGCAGGCUGUCCGGAAGGCUUUGAUCGAAGAACGCGGCCGGUUCUGCACCUUCAUUUCUAUGCUGCGGCCUGUGAUUGAAGAAGAAAUCUCAAUGCUGGGGGAAAUCACUCACCUGCAGACCAUAUCAGAAGAUCUGAAAAGCCUGACCAUGGACCCUCACAAACUGCCCUCCUCAAGUGAACAGGUGAUUUUGGACUUGAAAGGUUCUGAUUACAGUUGGUCAUACCAGACCCCACCCUCUUCUCCGAGCACCACCAUGUCCCGCAAGUCAAGUGUCUGCAGGUGCGUGACCUUCCUCCCCCCCCCGCCCUCCCCCAUCUUUUUAUUUUUUACGGGUGUCCUUUUGUGGCGGCACGCGGUCCCCGCGCGUGGUCCCUCCCGGCUGCAGAACUCGUCCAGCUCGGCCUCCUCCGAAGCCUCGGAAACCUGCCAGUCGGUGAGCGAGUGCAGCUCGCCCACCUCGGUCAGCUCAGGCUCCACCAUGGGCGCCUGGGCGUCCACGGAGAAGGACUGGGCCAAGCCAGGACCUUACGAUCAGCCUCUGGUGAACACCCUUCAGCGCCGCAAAGAGAAGCGAGAGCCAGACCCCAGCGGAGGAGGCCCCACUGCGGCAGGAGGUGCCCCCGCCACUACCGAGGAGGCCCAGAGGCCAAGGAGCAUGACCGUGUCGGCCGCCACCAGGCCUGGAGAGGAGGUGGAGGCUUGUGAGGAGCUGGCACUGGCCCUGUCUCGGGGCCUCCAGCUGGACACCCAGAGGAGCAGCCGGGAUUCGCUUCAGUGCUCCAGUGGUUACAGCACCCAGACCACCACCCCCUGCUGCUCCGAGGACACCAUCCCCUCCCAAGUUUCAGAUUACGAUUAUUUCUCUGUAAGUGGUGACCAGGAGGCUGAUCAGCAGGAGUUUGACAAAUCCUCCACCAUCCCAAGAAACAGCGACAUCAGCCAGUCCUAUCGAAGGAUGUUCCAAGCCAAGCGCCCGGCCUCGACCGCGGGCCUUCCCACCACCCUCGGACCUGCUAUGGUCACCCCAGGGGUUGCCACCAUCCGACGGACCCCUUCCACCAAGCCUUCUGUCCGCCGGGGGACCAUAGGAGCUGGUCCCAUCCCCAUCAAGACACCCGUGAUCCCUGUCAAGACCCCCACCGUCCCAGACCUCCCCGGGGUGCUGCCAGCCCCUCCAGAUGGGCCCGAGGAGCGGGGUGAGCACAGCCCAGAGUCACCGUCUGUGGGUGAGGGCCCCCAGGGUGGCACCAGCGUGCCCGCCUCAAUGUGGAGCGGCCAAGCCUCCGUCAAUCCCCCUCUUCCAGGCCCGAAGCCGAGCAUCCCCGAGGAGCACAGACAGGCGAUUCCAGAAAGCGAGGCCGAAGACCAGGAUCCCCCAAGUGCCACUGCCUCCCCUGGCCAGGUUCCAGAGAGCGACCCUGCAGAUCUGAGCCCAAGGGACGUCCCGCAAGGAGAAGACAUGCUGAAUGCCAUCCGAAGGGGCGUGAAACUGAAGAAGACCACGACAAAUGACCGCUCAGCCCCGCGCUUCUCUUAGGCUCUCAAGAAAUGCUGCCAGUGGGGAAUGAACUGUCUAAUUAAUAAGACCUAAUUUGUCUUGAUCCAUUCCAAUCUAUAAUCAAAAGAUUUUGUAGGCAACUCAGAACACAGCUCUUUUGAAAGUACACCUUUAGAUAAGAAUUAAAAGUAACAUAUGUAACUGACAUAACCUUGAUCUUUUAAUUUGUAAAUAUCAACAGUUUUCUUUCUGCACAUUUUAAUCUUAAGUUUCUCUUUUGAUUUUUCUGAAGGUGCCAAAUUCCAUUUAACUUUUUUACAAGUCUUUGUAAAAUUUUAAAUGCAUAAGGGCGGGGGGAGGUCGGGCAGGGGAACCACAAGGUUAGUGAGUUCAGAAGAAAGGAUAACUAUACUUAGCAAUUUUUCUUUUCUCUGUUUUCCUGCAAGCUUUUGUAGAUGCAUUGUAGUAGUCUGGCUUAGGAGCAAAUUCAAGUUAUUUUAAUGUACAAACAAAAUGGAUAAGGAGUAAAAAUCCUUAUCCAAGCAAACUACUUUCGGGAUGAGAAAUGCGGGAGUCAGCUGAUGAGCAAUAUUUGGAGUGAAGUAACUCUGGAAAUGGUAGACUGUGUUGGGAUUGGGGGGAGGGUCCGGGGAGGGGCACACUGUCAACAUAGCCGAUCCUGUUACAUUUAAGGGUAGCCUCGUAGGUUGAAAUUUCUAGUAGCUUCAUGGUAAAUGCAUCCGAAUAAGCCAUACUGGAUUGCAGUGUUUGUUUCUGUAGGGUGUUUAAGGACUUCCUUUCUCCCACGAUUCCUCCUGACUGCACACAGCACCCACCUCCAGUCCUGUGCAUGCGGCCACCGGGUAGACACAGAACCCCCACUUCAGUUACUCGUCUGUUAUACCCACUCUCAUUGAGUCCAAAUGCAUCCAAAAUGGUAAGGCAGUUUUAAAAAUGUGAAAACAUUUAAAAAUGAUAGCAGGGAAUUCUUAGAUAUAGCAAAUGCCUUUUACUUAACUGUGCCCAGCAGGCUGGGUGCGUUGAAAAGCCCAAAUAUUUUGAAAAAACUUGAGCGGAUUUAACAAGGGUAACCAGCUUGGAGUCUAGCAACUUGCCAAUGUGUUUACCAAUCUGGGGGCUUGUUUUUCUUAUCUUCUUUUAAAUAAGUGGCAGUUAACUGGCUUCAUACUAAACAUCAGAGAGGAGGAUUUCUUUCUUGUCACCUGGAAUCUGACCACUAUACUGUCCUCUUUUGUAUCCUAGGUAAUGUUUUUUGGAAUGGAUUUCUGUCUUUUAUUUUUUAAGUGAAAGUUAAAUUUGUUAUAAUGCCCAUCCCCUAAAGCCAACAGAGAUUUGUAGAUUUAAAGGAUCACAUCUGGGGACUGUGAUGGUGUUUUAAGAAAAAGAAGGCCGGCCUCUUAGUGGGGUCAGUUCAAAGUGCUCAUUUGGGAUCGAACCUCUCAAGGAGAAGAGCCCGGUGGGUCUCCCAGGGCCUGUGGAUCUCUGUUGGUGGCAAGCUUCGGCUACAUACUCUUAUGCUUUAAUACAUAACUGCAUUGGAUGCGAAAGAAAUGUACCUGUAUAGUCACUGUUCUAUAUAUUAACAUUUAACACUGCUGUGAUCGCUCAAGGACAUUUUAUGUUAUGGCUUUAAAGCAAAGGCAUGAUUAUUAGAAACUAUUUAAGCUUUUUUUCUUUGAAAAACAAGCUCCUUUUACAGAAUAUAAGCAACAGUAGUGCCUGUGGUUUAGCCCACCAAUCUUGAUGACUAAAAGUAGCUGAUGCAUUGUGCAUAUGAUGCUUGAGAUGGUUUUUGCAAAAGCAGAAAUCACUGCAAGGUAAUUACGUUAGAUAAAAGUGGUAUUUUAAACCUUUGAAAUAAAUGGAUGUAACUGUACCUUGGUACAGCUUUUCACUUGUUUAGUUUUUAAACGUUAGUAUAAUCUGAAUAAAUUUAAUAUAAAAUGUUGCCAAAUUCAAUGUAGAAAGAAUGUGACAAAACACCUUGGGUAGUUCUGUUUGUGUUUUUGCAUAUUGUAAAAGCAGUGUCACAGCUAAAAAUAAAGAAAUCGUUUCUAAAGGUAAAUUAUUGUGGUUUAGUUGCUAGUUUGUACUGAGAGUUGACCUCUCCCUGUGCAGUUUUUUGUUCUAAACUUGUAUAAAUAACAAUUGUGUAACGUGUCUCCCUUCUACCUUGUAACAGUUGCUUCAGCCUACAUUAUAAAUAAAGAACCACUAGAAAAAAAA